AGUCAUACUGAUAUGUGGAAGAUUACAUAGAGGCAUACGUUAGGUGUAUUUAAUUAGAGAGAAUAUUUACAUUCAUUUGUUUUUUGUUUCCAGAGACAUCAGUAGGUUACUUAAGAAUUUACUAUGUCAUACUCUUCAAAAAUAGAGGAAUUAAUUGAAUUAUUGAGUCAGGAAUCUGGUUUAAACACAGAGUCAAAUCACAAGUACUUGAAAAACUUACAACACGGUUUCCAUAAACUGAAUUAUGCCCAUGAAUACCUGAAAGAUUCACCGACAUUCAACAAGAUACUUGAAGAACAAAAAAUCAGAAAAUCCAACAAGGAUUCUGAUAAAUGGAGGAAAAAAGGAACUGAAUAUAUUCAACUUCAGAAGCACAUGGAUGCUUUUGAAUGUUUGACAAAAAGCAUUGCAUUUGCUGAAAAUGAAAAUUCAUCAGAGGCAUUUGCUGCUAGAGCUAAAUUAUUAUGUGAUACUGGGUAUUUUUCAGCAUGUUUACAGGAUAUAGAUAGAGGCAGUAAGAAACAGUGUUCAAAAACUGUACAGGAAAGUCUAGCAAAUUUGAAAGAGAAAGCAACUAAAUAUGAAAUUCCAGAUCAUCUAGUAGAUUUCGAUCCCCUUCCAGUUAUUACAGAUAGAAACAGCACACGGAGAUCCGCUUCCAGUUAUAUAGAAUUGAGAACAGACGAAACAGUUGGAAGACACAUAAUUGCAGCAAAAGAAAUACCAGCAGGCGAAAUCCUGGUGGUGGAAAAAUCUUUCGUCCACACGAUGUUUCCAGAGAGUAAAUAUCUUCACUGUCACGAAUGUUUAAAGCUUUGCUACAAUUUGAUACCGUGCCCGCAAUGUGCAGAUGCAUUAUAUUGUAGUGAUAAUUGUAAACAGCAAGCAGAAUCCUACCACAAGUAUGAAUGUGAUGUAAGUGAUUUGUAUGGAGAACUUACAAUAAAUUUCAUAAAAAUGGUGGUGAAAGCAUUGGACGACAACAGUUCUACAGGACCUGAGGAGUAUUAUUAUAAGAGCAGGUUUACAGAUAUUGCAACUUUGGUGACGAACGAAGAGAAAAGAAAUGGAAUAAAUUUAUAUUAUCCUAUAAUGAUGGCAACCAUCGGUUUCCACGAUCUGAAAAGAAAGACAACGAUCUUAUCUGAUUUUAAUAUCAGUGAAAAUGAUUUGAAAAAUCUCAUCUACGAAUGCAUCAUGAUAGAUUCAAUAAAUUCCUUUAAUAUAAAGAAAUUUUCACCAGUUGAUGGAAGUGCGAAGAUGAUUGCCUUAGGAAUAUAUGCAUUUUCCUCCUUAUUCAAUCAUUCUUGUACUCCAAAUUGUCAGUAUUUCUUUCACGGAAGGAAUAUUGUCAUUAGGACUACGUCAAAUAUUGAAAAAGGAGAUGAAUGUAAUAUCACUUAUUGUGGGAACUACUCUCCUCAUCCUAUGAAGACUGUAGAAGAAAGACGAAACUAUCUAGAAGACGUGUUCUUCUUCAAAUGCCAUUGCAAAGCUUGCGUUGGAGUUGGGAAUUGAGGCCAUCAUGAAUAACUGAAUAACUAUGGGGACUAGCAAAACUCCCAGAAAAACAAAAAUUGAAAAAAUUAUAAAACUAUUCUUUCAAUUAAACAAACUAAAGAUGG